AUGACCACUACGGACCACUUCCAGAGAACUACAUUGCCGCAGCCACAACGAUUCAUCACGACGCAUGAUGAGGCUGGCAGAGCCGUCUACCUUGGUCAAAUAACUGAAAAUGUGUCAUUCUGGCCUGUCGGUCCUAAGAUGGACCCUGCGGGCUUCGGUUUAGGAUAUGCUACAAGCUCGAUGCCUGUCCGACUGGCAGACGACGAGGACCUCGCCGAUUUCGUCCACCUUCACCAAGAUCGCAAGAAGAGCGGCCUUGUCAAACAGAACGGUUCCGUCCUCCGCUAUGUUGACUAUCCACCACUGGCAUCAUCACCAAUGCAUCGGACUGUGAGCUGCGAUUUUGCGGUUGUCCUUGUCGGUGAAAUGGAGUGCCUGCUGGAUUCUGGCGAGAGCAGGAUUCUCAAGGCAGGUGAUACGCUGGUGCAGAGAGGCACCAUGCAUCAGUGGAUCAAUCAUGAACAGACCUGGGCGCGGAUGCUAUAUGUCCUGCUGGAUGCGACUCCGGUAGUUAAAGGUGGCAAGUUGCUUAGCGAGGAGCUUGGUGGUAUGGAAGGUGUUCCCGGCUCCCACUGA